AUGGCUCACUCAAGUUUCAGUGCUGUAGAUGAAUACGGCUUCGAGAGACAUGAUGAUUUCGAUUACGAAAGCUAUGAAGAAUUUAUGUCCGCUUAUUUAAAAGUUUUGGCAUCCAGAGCUCAAAAAUGGUCUACUUUACUUGGUGAAGGAAAGUCGGUCAAACGGACUAAUACUGUGAAAAGAUAUGUGCGCAAAGGAAUACCUAGUGAGCAUCGUCCAUCCGUAUGGAUGGCUAUAUCCGAAGCUGAUAAAAUGAGAGAACAGAGCCCUGAUCUAUACCAAAAGAUUUUAGACAGUCCUUUUGAAAAAGAACUAGUUGAUCUUGUGAAGACAGAUCUGCCUCGCACAUUUCCUGAUAACAUAUACUUCACCAAGGAGGCUAAUCAUCAGGCUCAUUUAUUCAAUGUGCUCAUAGCUUAUGCACAUAAUAAUAGAGUAGUUGGAUAUUGUCAAGGAUUAAAUUAUAUAGCUGGUUUGUUGCUGCUCUCAACAAAAAGUGAAGAGAUAUCGUUUUGGUUGUUGAAAGUCCUGGUGGAGAAGAUACUUCCAGAUUACUACACAAAAACAAUGGAUGGUCUCAUAGUAGACAUUGAAGUAUUGUCUGAACUAGUCAAAGCUAAAGCACCAGAUGUACACCAGCAUGUUAUCAACUUAGGUCUACCCUGGGCAGUUAUAACCACAAAGUGGUUUGUAUGCCUGUUUGCAGAAGUUCUGCCAAUUGAAACGGUUUUGAGAAUUUGGGACUGCCUUUUUUACGAAGGCUCCAAAAUAUUGUUUAGGGUUUGUUUGACUUUGAUCAAGAACAACCGAGCUUCUAUAAUGGCCUGUAAUGAUUUUACAUCCUUAGCGGAAUGUUUUAAGGCAAUUGUCAAAAAUGCCAGUGCAUUGCACUGCCAUGAAUUCAUGCAGUCAAUUUUUAAAGUACCUGGAACUCUCUCAAAUUCGACAAUAAUAAAGCUCCGAGCACGAUUUGCAAAGCAGCGUCGAGAGCAACAACAGAAGGAGCCACGGUGAAUCAUUGGUUUGACAAUGUCCCCGGAACUUUUGAUCUCAUCUUGUCAAAAGAUAUAACAAAAGGCACAGACUGAUAACCAAGUAAAAAGUAACCACUGCCUUUGUUUAAUUUCCAUAUUACUUAACACGAUUUAUAGUUGAAUCGUAAUAUUUUCAGAAAACUAGCUGCUACCCUGCUUCCCUCGAACUGCCAUACUUUUUUUUCGUAUGUAUAAAGAUUUUUUUAAAAUAAAAACCUUGAAAAUAAUAAUUGUUCAAA